AUGGCUAGCCGCUCCGACCCCGACUCUUCUCCCCCUGCGAGGAGAAGCCACAAGCGAUCAGCUGAAGACGACGUCAACGACGAUCUACCCCAGCCAUACAAUGCCAACUCCCUCCAGGCACCCAAGCGACGUGCCAUAUCUCCAUCCGAGCAGCCGCGGAAGCUGAAGCGCCCAGGAGCGCGCGCUCGCUUCUCCGAGGCUGAGCGAGAGGCCAUCCGCCUGCGCCAGAUCGAACGCGAUCGUCAAGCCGCCCAGGCCGCCGCCUCCCAGGCUGCGGAGGAAAACAAGAUUCGAGGCAUCAACGAUGUCGUAAGAGAACACUACAACAGCGUGCCCGAGCGAGGACGCGACUGGCGCACCCGCGAGAGCAAGAUCAAGGGCCUGCGCGUCUUCAACAACUGGGUCAAGAGCUGCAUCAUCCAGCGCUACUCGCCCGAUGAAGACCACACGCCCGGAUCGCGAGAAAUGGGCCGGUCGAGCGGCAGGGAACUGCUUGUUCUCGAUAUUGGCUGCGGAAAGGGCGGUGAUUUGAGCAAAUGGCAGCAGGCUCCACAGCCCAUCCAGCUCUACGUCGGACUUGACCCUGCCAACGUCAGUAUUGAGCAGGCAAGAGACCGAUACAGACCUCCGCCUCGUCUCUUUGAUGCGCGGUUCCACGUCAAGGAUUGCUACUCGGAGAGCAUUGAGGAUGUGGAAAUCAUCCGGCAAGUCGGCUUUGACCCGUCUACCAUGAACCGCCGUGGCUUCGACGUCGUCACCAUGAUGUUUUGCAUGCACUACGCCUUUGAGUCCGAAAAGCACGCUCGCACCAUGCUCCGCAAUGUCGCCGGCGCGCUCAAGAAGGGCGGCCGCUUCAUCGGCUGCAUCCCCAACUCGGACGUGCUGGGCGAACGAGUACGUGCUUUCAAUGCCAAAAUGGCUGCCAAACGCGAGGCCAAGGAGGUCAACGGCGACGGCUCUACAACUCCUACUUCUACACCGCCUCCCGCCGCGGCAGAGCCAGAGGACGGAGAACUUGAAGAGGGCGAGGCCGAACCAACGGCCGAAUGGGGAAACUCAAUCUACCGCGUGCGCUUCCCGGGUAAGACCCCCGAAGAUGGUGUUUUUCGUCCCGCGUUUGGCUGGAAGUACAACUUCUUCCUAGAUGAGGCCGUCGAGGAAGUCCCUGAAUACGUCGUCCCCUGGGAGGCGUUCCGUGCGUUGGCCGAGGACUUCAACCUGGAGCUGCAAUUCCACAGGCCCUUUUUGGAGAUUUGGGAGACGGAGAAGGAUGACCCGGAGCUUGGACCGCUGAGCGAGAGGAUGGGAGUCCGUGAGAGAGGCGGCGGACGACUUCUCGUCUCGGAGGAUGAGAUGGAGGCCGCGAGCCUUUACGUCGGCUUUUGCUUUUACAAAGUAUAG